CCAGGCUUGAGUACAGUGGCAUAAUAUCGGCUCACUGCAACCUCCUCCUCCUGGGUUCAAGCAACUCCCGGCUAAUUUUUGUAUUUUUAGUGGAGAUAGGGUUUCACUAUGUUGACGAGGCUGGUGUCGAACUCUUGAUCUCAAACGAUCCGCCCAACGUGCUAGGAUUACAAGCCUGAGCCACUGCACCUGGCCCUAAUACUGUUGAGUUAUAAGAGUUCUUUGGAUAUUAUAUGUAACUAUCUUUUAUCAGAUAUGUCUUUUGCAAGUAUUUUCUCUCAGUCUACUCAUUCUCUUGACAGUAUUUUUCACAGAGCAGAAACUUUUAGUUUUAAUGAAUUUUGGCUUAUCAGUUAUUUUUGGGAGGGGAUUAAGGUCUUGCUUUGUCACCCAUGCUGGAGUCUAGUGGUGUGAUCAUGGCUUACUGCAGCCUCGACCAAGGCUCGAGCGAUCCUCUGACUUCAGCUUACCAAGUAGCUAUACUACAGGCACAUGCCACCACACCCAGCUAUUUUUUUUUUUUCUUUUUUCCAGAUGGAAUCUCACUCCAUUGCCCAGGCUGGAGUACAGUGGCAUAAUUUCGGCUCAUUGCAACCUCUCCUUCCCGGGUUCAAGCAAUUCUCCUGUUUCAGCCUCCCAAGUAGCUGGGAUUACAGGUGUAGCUCAUCAGUGUUAUCACGGUUUCAUGAAGGCUGUCCAGGAAGGAAACAUUCAGUGGGAGAGCCGUACUUACCCUUAUCCUGGAACUCCAAUCACUCAGCGGUUCUCACACAGCGCAUGCUAUUAUGAUGCUAAUCAGUCUAUGUACGUGUUUGGAGGCUGUACCCAGAGCAGCUGCAAUGCUGCUUUCAAUGACCUCUGGAGACUUGACCUAAACAGCAAAGAGUGGAUCCGACCUUUGGCUUCAGGCUCCUAUCCUUCCCCCAAAGCUGGUGCAACUCUGGUCGUGUACAAGGACUUGCUAGUGCUGUUUGGUGGCUGGACGCGGCCAAGCCCUUAUCCCCUACAUCAGCCAGAGAGAUUCUUUGAUGAAAUACACACUUACUCCCCCUCUAAAAACUGGUGGAACUGCAUUGUGACAACCCAUGGGCCACCUCCCAUGGCUGGCCACUCCUCCUGUGUGAUAGAUGAUAAAAUGAUUGUCUUUGGUGGCUCUUUAGGAUCCCGGCAAAUGAGCAAUGAUGUCUGGGUCCUUGACCUUGAGCAGUGGGCGUGGUCCAAGCCGAACAUCUCCGGCCCCAGUCCUCAUCCUCGAGGUGGCCAAUCUCAGAUUGUCAUAGACGAUGCAACUAUCUUAAUCCUCGGAGGGUGUGGUGGUCCCAAUGCUUUGUUCAAGGAUGCUUGGUUGUUGCACAUGCAUUCUGGUCCUUGGGCCUGGCAGCCACUCAAGGUAGAAAAUGAAGAGCAUGGGGCCCCAGAACUGUGGUGUCAUCCAGCUUGCCGGGUGGGACAGUGUGUGGUGGUCUUCAGCCAGGCUCCUAGUGGGAGAGCCCCACUCAGCCCCAGUUUGAACUCUCGCCCAUCACCUAUCAGUGCCACUCCUCCAGCUCUAGUUCCCGAAACCCGCGAGUACCGCUCUCAGUCUCCAGUAAGAAGCAUGGAUGAAGCUCCUUGUGUUAAUGGCCGCUGGGGAACACUGAGACCCAGGGCUCAAAGGCAGACUCCUUCAGGUUCCCGGGAAGGGAGCCUUUCCCCAGCCAGAGGAGAUGGCUCUCCUAUCCUCAAUGGUGGGAGUUUGUCUCCAGGAACAGCAGCUGUGGGUGGCUCUUCUUUGGACAGUCCUGUACAGGCAGUAUCUCCAAGUACUCCGUCUGCUGCUGAAGGAUGUGACCUAAAAAUGGGACUUUCUUUGGCCCCCCGACGAGGAUCGCUACCAGAUCAGAAAGAUCUGCGAUUAGGAUCCAUAGAUCUGAAUUGGGAUCUGAAACCUGCUUCCGGUAGCAAUCCUAUGGAUAGCAUGGACAACAGGACAGUUGGGGGAAGUAUGAGACACCCUCCUGAACAGACAAAUGGUGUGCAUACCCCACCUCACGUGGCCAGUGCCCUUGCAGGGGCCGUCUCCCCAGGUGCCCUGCGUCGGAGUCUGGAAGCCAUCAAAGUGAUGUCCUCCAAAGGCCCCUCAGCCUCUGCAGCACUAAGCCCUCCUCGUGGGUCUUCUCCAGGCUCUCCUGGGAGCCAGAGCUUGAGCAGUGGAGAAACAGUGCCCAUCCCUCGCCCAGGGCCGGCCCAAGGAGAUGGACAUUCCUUACCUCCCAUUGCCCGCCGCCUGGGCCACCACCCACCACAGUCCCUAAAUGUUGGCAAACCCCUAUACCAGAGUAUGAACUGCAAGCCCAUGCAAAUGUAUGUGCUGGACAUUAAAGACACCAAGGAGAAGGGGCGGGUCAAAUGGAAAGUAUUUAAUAGCAGUUCUGUCGUCGGACCUCCUGAAACCAGCCUACAUACCGUGGUACAAGGCAGGGGUGAACUCAUCAUAUUUGGAGGACUCAUGGACAAGAAACAGAAUGUGAAGUACUAUCCAAAAACAAACGCUUUGUACUUUGUACGAGCAAAGAGAUAAUGUGUUCUAAACCCCUUUCCUUUUCUGUGGCUUUUAAUUUGGAAUUUUCCAGUGUGUAAGCAUUUGGACUAAGAACUGGGAAAACAUUACUCCCAGAAGCCAAAACUGUUUCAUUCCCAGCGGAAGUCACUCCAGGCUGGGAUCAAAUCUCCAUUAAGAAAAAAAAAUUAUAUAUAUAUAUAUAUUAUAUAGCCAACUCUGUUUACAAAAAGGGAGAGAUCUCCAUCCUGAUUCAGAUAAAAUUGUUGCUGUGUUUUAGCAGGGGCUGUGCUGCCUUUUUCUACUUUGCUGGUAACUAGACCAAGAAGUUAGGGAACAGACUAACUAACAUCAGUAACUUUCCAAAAGAAGCUGAUGAGCCCCCCUGUAAAUCUUUAUGUUGCCUUCUUGGAGUUAAAAAAUGAAAGGGCAUAUUAAGUUGCAAAGGUGGAGGUUUUUAGACUCAUGCUUCAGGUGCUGGCAGGGUAAAAGUAACUGUUCUUCCCCUUCUCCUCUUAAAACCACAGAGGACCUGUGACAACUCUGUAGAAAUGCCAGUGCCUGACCCCCUUCUGCCCUUUAUGGCUGAGGAAAGUUACCCAACAAGGGAUUUUAUUCCACAUUUGUGUGUCGGGUCAUUGUGAAAUACUGUUUAUGCAGCCGACAUCUGAACGCCUAGUGUCCAUUGGUCUUUGGAGUGCUUCUUACAUGUCUCAGAAAACAUUUUGUGUCUGAUUGUGGAAAUUUCUGACAAUCAAUUGUAUUUGGUUGCAAGUUGCCAAAAAACAUAUUUCUUCUUCUUUUUCUUCUCUUAGCACAUGGGACUUGGAAACGGCCUUUUCCGUUCACUUACAGGCUGCUUUUUCCCUUUACUUUUUUUUUUUUUUUUUGCAUAUGUGGAUUUUUUUUUGAAGCCCUAAAUCCUUCUCACUUUCUGUUUAUUUUUCAAAGCUCAGGUGCCUACAGAAAUCAGAAGCUUUUCGAUUUUUAAGACGGAGUUUUGUUCUUAUCUCCCAGGCUGGAGUGCAGUGGCGUGAUCUCGACUUACUGCAACCUCCGCCUCCCAGGUGCCAGUGAUUCUCCUGCCUCAGCCUCCUAAGUAGCUGGGAUUACAGGCACGCACCACCAUGCCCAGCUAAUUUUGUAUUUUUAGUAGAGACAGGGUUUCUCCAUGUUGGUCAAUCUGGUCUCAAACUCCUAACCUCAGGUGAUCUGCCAGCCUUGGCCUCCCAAAGUGCUGGGAUUAUAGGUGUGAGCCACCACACCCAGCCCAGAAAUCAGAAGCUUCUUAGAAAUACUUGUGGACCCUUUCCCUGGUGUCACUAGGAGGGAAUUCUAAGAUGCCAAUAUUAUGAGAAAUCUUUAAAGCAUCAAAAGAGACUGUUUUUUUUUCCCUAUGGGCUUUUUACUUCCAAAGCACAUUGAGCAUCCUCAUCCCAUAUUUGUAGAAUGUGGAAAUUGAUUCUGGAAGGGAAUUCCAAUAACAGUUCUUUUUAGAGAUUUUUUUUCCUUGUGACAAACAUUCCUCUUUCUGGCUGUUGGCAGGUGAUGGAGUUGAGAAUCGUGUACUUGACUUCUUGACGCAUGGCUGACCUCAGGAACAGUUCCAUCCUUUGUGCUUGUCUUGUUCAUGUGUCACUCAAAUAGGCCCUGGGUUUUUACUUUCACUUCAUUUCUGAGAUUAACAUAUAACCAAGUAGAGCAUUUCUUUGCUUGAUACAGAAAGUUGCUAGUCUCAGCCGUGGCCUGGGCAUAGGAGAUGUCAAAAUAAAUUAAUUUCAAAUGGCACCAUUUAAAUAGGGAUUUUUGGUGAUUUCUCAUCAGUGGAAAGAGGAUUCUUGUUUUGCCCUUAGGAUUUAAACCUCAAAACAUCACCUUUCCCACCCUGACACUCCCCUUUUUCUUACUAGCGUUUCUCAGGCACAAGCCUACCGCAGCUGGUCCUGGGUCCUGGUUUUCAGCCAGCAUUAGCAGCCUAAGUGCACCCAUAAGUGUGUUUUCUCCUGUUACAUCAUGUGAAUCCCUUCCCUUAGCCAUUAGCUUUUACAAUGUGGUCUUGGUAGGAAAGCCACCUUGGUGCCAAGCCUAGCUUGUGGGGAGGGGUAUGUGUUCCAGAAAGUGCUCUGUUCCCUUCGAUGAGGUAACGACUUGCGUCUACUUACGCGGCAUCCAACUACUUGGAGCUCCGCACUUUCCUGACUUUCAGGCUCUGGCGCUGUUGCCAGUCCUUGCUUGGCAAAGACCAUGUGGGGUCCUUAUUUACGAGGGAAAGCUGGGCCAGAAGGUUAGCAAGUCAGGUGUUCCCGCUGUUGCUAUACCUCAUGUAGGACAUUGUGUCUGUGCAUGGACAGUGCCUCCAAACUCAGUAGUUCCUAUCUAAGUAUAAAGUCUAUUAGGAACCUGAAAGUUGAGAAUCUCAACCUUGUGGUCUUUCCCUUAGUCCUGUGGCCUUCCUAAGCCAGCCUUUAACGUGUCGAUUCCUUCCACUUCCCCCAAGCAGGCAGGCAACAGAGAUGUUGAUUGUCUUAGAAAGUAAUCUGGUUCCUCUGAACCCCAUUGAAUUCCAGCAUGACCCACACUGCCUGGAACCGGGCUUGUUUGCUUACAGCUUUUUAAGAAAAAUCUACUUUGCUCCCGCUGUCGUGGUAGCUCCUGGGCACUGUGGGUGUGUACCAUGGGAAAGUGACUCAACACAGUGAAGGCGAUUGUCUCCUCAGGCCUCCUGAAGCCACCUGUGCAGUGGGACUUGAGGCGUCUGAGCUGAGGUGAGCAUUUCCCCAACGCUGUGGAUGCUGCGGUCAGAUCAGAUGUGGACCAUUGACUCCAUUUUUCACAUGAUACCAAUUUUGUCUUAAAAUUCACUGAGGAAAAAAUGAGGCUAAAUGUGUUUUUUUAUUCCUCAGGAGAACCUGAAGCAAAUAUUUAUCAGUAUUUAAGUAUUUAAGAUUCAUUUUGUUUCUACUUGAAGCUUUAACCCCUUCCAUUCCUGUAAGUGUGCCUUUUGAGAGCUCCCGUGUCCUAGUGACUUACCGGCCACCUUGUUGACCUAAUGUAAGAAUUUUAGUCUUUCCCUACCCUCUUGGACAGAGCUUCCUGUUCUCUCAUUUCACAGGUUAUGCAGCAGAGAGGGUUCUGUGUUUUCAUUCGUAUUUCCAUCCUUCACUUGGUUGGUGGACUCUACAACUCCACCCUACCCCUACACUUUGGGAGCACAAAUUUGGUGUCGAAACAAGCUUAAGUUUCAUUUUAAGGCAAUACUGGGCUUAGUCUCCUCCCAGCCCUCUGUGGAUUGAUUUGAUUUUAAUGUUCGAGUUUUAUAGCAAGAGCUGAAAACCAUGAACUAUUCUAGGAACUGUGUUGGAACUCUUUAAAAUAAAGAGGAGGAAGAAGAAAACCAACUUAGGAAGUCUUGACUUCGGAGAACAGAAAGCCACCAGCCAAUGGAGAACAAAGAGAUGCUUCCCUUUCCUUUCACCUUGUCGCUCUGGGUUUCCUUCUGCUUUACUCUUUUUCUUCCCCUUAAAAGUGGUAUUCCUGGUUGGUCUGUCUGUCUUGUCCUUGUCCUGUGGUGAUCCUGGCAUGGUGAUGUGCUCUGCUUUGUGUUUUCUGUGGUCUCUUACGAGCGUAGAAGUCAGUGGGGAAGAUGUAAACAUGCCUGAGGGUAAGUAACGUGACCUUCCAGGCCUGGAUCCCAUGUAGCCUCUCCAUGAACUGCAGAAGGCAUGUUCUGCAUGGUUACCAGUAAGUGGCUCCCUCUCACCGUGUUCAUUGUCAAAUGAGAGCAAACUUUAGGUGUUGGCUCCAUUGUACUCUCUACUCGCUCUGCUCCCCUCCCUCCAACCAGGGUUCAUGUCAGUGCACACCCCAUGUGCCCUGGCGAAGCUGGUGCUGUGAGUGAUGUUUCCCAUACAACUCAGGGAUGCCAGGUGGCUUACCCUGAGAUAGUCAUUUUAGGCACAUAACAGUGUAGGAAUGAAAAAUGGAUUUCAUUGAUAUUUAAAUCUCUGUCAAUUUUGUUUUUUGUUAAUGUUUUCCCCUGAUGACUUUUUAGCAGUUUAACAAAUAAAGUAAAAUGGACAAUUGUCUUAA